AUGGUUGUGGGAGCGUUUCCGGCCGCCAAGCUUGGCGUUCUUGCGAUGAAACAGAUUUCUAAACCGAUCGCAAAUUUGCUGAAGGAGCGUGCGAAAAAUAGUCCCUUUUUUCGGAAGUAUGUUUGCAUGCCGCCGGCACAGUUCUACAACUGGAUGGAGGUGAAGACGAAAAUGUGGGCACUGAACCUUGGCAAGCCCACCACCGUGCCCGUGUUAAACGAAGCGAUGGCCAUCGAGCUGGGCGCGAACUUGUUGGGCGAAAUUAUUAUUUUCACGAUAGGUGCCGGGUUACUUCUGCUGGAGUAUCAACGCCAAGUGCGCAAAGAGGCCAACAAAGAGGAGAUGAUGAUACAAGAGAAACUCGAACUACAAGCGACUAUAAACGAGCUAAACUUUCAAAUGCAACGUUUGGAUACACAGCUGCGAGAAGUCGCUAGAGUAACGGCAGAUCUUGAAUCAAAAUCAUCGUGGAAACCGAAAAUAUUAGAUGAGCUACCGUUCGGUAAUAAGAAGAACAAAAAUGAACAGGCCCUGUAUAUUCCUGCCACAGUUGACCGGAAGGAUCCUGCUGCUAAUGCCAGUGGUAAUAGAGGUGUCAUUACCAGUGCAUUGGAGAUUAUCGAUAAUGAAGUUUUUUAUAGGGACAGCUCAGCGGACGGUUCUGAAGACGAAUACUCAGACCAGCGCCGACCAGGUCUAGUCACUCGUAGUUUAAAUUACCUACUAGCAACCAACACUAGACCAUCGAAAGCAACCGAAAGACAAGGAUAG